AUGGCCGACGCAGUAGAGGAGCUCGAAAGAGAAGGUGGCAACCGCGCCGUCAAGGAUCUAUUCGCUGGUGCUGUCGGAGGUGUUGCACAAGUGUUGAUUGGACAACCUUUUGACAUUGUCAAGGUUCGCCUGCAGACUACUACACAAUACUCGGGUGCGGCAGAUGCUGCAUCAAAGAUCUUGAAGAACGAGGGCGCAGCUGCGUUCUACAAGGGUACAUUAACACCACUGAUCGGUAUUGGUGCAUGUGUAUCCGUCCAAUUCGGAGCCUUCCACUACGCCCGCCGUGCAUUUGAGAGCCAGAAUGCAGCAAAGGCCGGCGUACUCGAGAAGCCCCAACCCCUCUCAUACGGCCAAUACUACGCAGCUGGUGCCUUUGCAGGUAUUGCCAAUACACUAAUGUCCUCUCCCAUCGAACACAUCCGUAUCCGCCUCCAAACACAACCCCACGGUGCAGCACGCCUCUAUAACGGACCCAUCGACUGCGUAAAGAAGCUCUGCGCUCACGAAGGCGUACUCAAAGGUCUCUACCGCGGUACCGGCGUUACCUGGUUCCGUGAAGCUCAAGCCUAUGGUGUCUGGUUCACAGCCUUUGAGUUCAUGAUGAACCAGGAUGCCAAGCGUAACGGUAUCGAGCGCAAGGAGAUUCCCACCUGGAAGAUUGCGCUGUAUGGUGGUUUGGCUGGUGAGGCCCUUUGGUUGGGCAGCUACCCCUUCGACGUCAUCAAGUCAAAGAUGCAGAGUGAUGGUUUCGGCGCUCAGCAAAAGUACAAGAGCAUGCGUGAUACUUUUGCUCAGACUUGGAGAGCUGAGGGCAUGAGAGGCUUCUGGAGAGGUCUGGGCCCUACUCUGUUGAGAGCUAUGCCCGUUUCUGCUGGAACCUUUGCUACCGUCGAAUUGACCAUGCGUAUGAUCAGCUAG